AUGGCAUCAUUCCUCACUCAUUACACAAAUCCCUGCUCUCCUGGAUACCAGGCUUGGAUGGCUGCAUCCUUGUUGAUGGCAAAUGGGAAAGGAAGGUUGAGUUGGUGGGUGUGGGAACUUCAAGAGGCAACCAAAGCCUAUGUGCAGGAUCGCAAUAAUGUCCCCAUCAAUCCAUUUGGUUGGAGACAGGGAUCAUCAUGGCUUGAUGAUCCUGACAUUACUAAUGAGAUCCAUAAGCACCUUCAAUCCAUCGGCACUUAUGUCCGUGCAGAAGACAUUGUUACAUAUCUGGACAAUGAGGAAGUCAAAACAUGCCUGAAGAUGAAACAAACCAUCUCCCUGGCAACAGCAAAGUGCUGGAUGAGGCAUAUGGACUACUGUUGGGUUCGGGAUCACCACGGUCAAUAUAUUGAUGAGGAGGAAGCAAAAAUGCGUAUCUGGGGAAAGGAUAAUGAAGAGAUCUGCAACACCGAGCGACCUCAGUGUGUCUGGUUCCACGAUGAAAGUACAUUCUAUGCCAAUGACCAGAAGAAGUCAAAAUGGGUGCACAAAAACACAAGUGCUACUCCAUACACAAAAGGGGAAGGGGCUUCUCUGAUGGUCGCUGACUUCGUGUCAGCAGAUCAUGGCUGGUUGCGAUCACCUGAUGGAAAGGAGUCAGCGCAGAUAUUAUUUAAGGCGGGAAAAUCACGCGAUGGUUAUUUUUCAAAUGAAGAAAUCCUCACACAGUUCGAGAACGCAAUGGCAAUUGUUCAGAAGCACUGGCCUGAUGAAGAUCAUAUGUUCAUCUUCGAUAAUGCAACAACUCAUCUCAAGUGCCCCAACGGCUCUCUCUCCACACGCAAAAUGCCUAAAGGAACACCUAAAGUUGGGACAAACUGGGGUAUUGAGGUAACAGCAAGGAAUCCAGAAGGGAAAAUUAUUUAUGGUGUUGAUGGGAAGCCCACGAAGAUGAAAAUUCACAUGGCUGAUGGCACCUUCGAGGAUGGUUCCCCCCAGUCAUUCUAUUUCCCUGAGGGCCAUCCAUGUGCAGGUAUUUUCAAGGGCAUGGCAAAGAUUCUGGAGGAGCACGGUUAUGGCAAUAUGGCAAAUUCUGUCGUCAGCAACGAAAAUCAAGAAGAGCCCCAUCCCCUUCCAUGGUCCUCCUCACAGUCUGGUCCCAUGACCUCAUCAGCUGAGGAGGAGAUUUUUCUCUCAAAUUUUUCGAGGCACCAAUCCAUCCAAAAGACGUCUGCCUACAACAAUCCCAAAGCUGAUACUGACAGAGUAGCUAUGGAUGGUGAUGAGGAAUCAGGCAAGCCCCUUUCAUUUGCUCCUUCCCCUGUCUGCAAUUCAGUAGUUGUCACAGUAGGCGACAAGAACACUCCAGUCUCCACUGCUCAAAGCCAAUCGGACAAGCCAAAGGAUGCCACUAAUGUUUGCAAGGAUACAUCAGCAUCUACUGCCCAAAGCGAAUCAAAUGUUACAGUUGCUCUUCCCUCACAUAGGUUGGAUGCCACCAAGAUGACACCUACCCCAGUCCAUGAAGCUCCGAGUCACAAGGACACUUCAGAGGAUAUCAAAGCUUGGAAGGAGGAGCAAGCAGCACACUACAAGGCCCAUCCGUACAAAGACCCCAAAUAUGCAGCAUUGUGGCAGAAGAUUCAGGAGUAUUGGGAUGGUUCACUUGCUGGUGCAACUGAGGACCUGACGUCGUGA